UUUUCUAUCUAAUUCCACAAACAGCAAUAUGACAGUAAUGGAUUUUUUUUUGUUUGUUUUGAGGAUGCAUGACCGACCAAGACAAUGGGAAAAAUAGUACCAUUUCAAUUGAUUGCAACCAGCACUUCAGUUACACCAGGCCUCUUUCUGCCCACUGGAAAUGUCUGGUUUUGUGAUUAGGGUCUUGGAUUGGAACUUGGUCUUCUUGAUUUAGGGGUCAAAACAUUUAUCACUGAAUAAUAGUUAUUGUUGGUAUUUUCAAAGAAAGUGGCGCUUGAAAUUGUGAGCUCUAUUUAACAGAAUCCCAUUGGAUCAGACUUUUCCCCAGUCCCAGCUGACUAAAUACUUUUCUGUUCCGUUUCAGUUUCAAUUGCAAAUGGUCUCAAUGGACCAAACAGAAUAAAUUUCAAAACCUUCCACUUCGAUCCAACCAUUGUCCAAUUACUGCAUGCUACUGUCCAUUACCUUACCUGGGCUUAUUACUGAAUUGUUAAAUAUACUUUUUGCUACAUUACCCCAAGUUGUACAGUGUGGCUGCUUGUAGGGUGUAAACGUUUGCACAAUGUGACAUUGAUAUACGCUGGCCUUGUUUAUAGUCUGUCACAAUCGAUGAUUGUGGGCGCAGAAGUAUGUUCACCUGCAAUUGUUAGAAAUCCUUGCUUUUACAUUGUAUAUUCUUCUGUUUAGGAAAAUCUUUUUGUGAAACUGAGGGCUGGUUUUGUGACUAUUAAGAAAUACAACACCAUGAAAUCACUUGACUGGCUGUUGGAUGGGAGGGGUUGAAAAUACCACAAAAGCGGCUCAUUGGGACUUUAUGGAUAUAUGCAAGACCAUUUUUCUGAACACAGCAAGAAAAUUCUUCAUGCUCUGAACAAGCAGCGUGAAGAUGGUAAAUUUUGUGAUGUGACUCUAGACCUGGGAGGUUACUGUUUAAAUGCACAUCGCAGUAUCCUGGCAUGUUGUAGUAAGUUCUUUCACAAUGUCUAUGGAGCUGGCACAUCUGCUGAAAUCAACCUUCCUGAGAGUUGCUCUGGUGUUUUGGGCCUUCUGUUUGACUUUAUAUACACAGGUGAGCUUCACUUGACAAAAACAAAUGUCUCCAAGGUGCUAAACGCAGCAGAAGAACUUUCAAUCCCCGACGCUAUUCAAGCUUGUCGGCAUUAUCAGCAGAAAUACAUCGAUGAUGAGAGGAGUGAUGAAACUCUAUGCAGCCAGCAAACAGAUGAAUGUGAACCUGUAAAGGCAGCAGUGGACACUACAACACAAAUGAGAGAAAUUGAAGUUCUGGAGGAACAAAACGCAAGUAAUGAAUUCGGACAAUUUGGCAAAAGGAGCACCAGAAGCAACAAGAAACAAACACUUAAGCUGCUGACUGAGAAACAGAAUGACAAAAUACGACCCCUUGCUAUUCAGAAAAGAUCUAAAGCUUCCUUGACCUCCCACAGAAGCCCAAAUUCUAAACAGCUGAAGGAAGCCAAAGAAGGCGACUUGGGAGACAGCAGUGAGGAGAACUGUCAUGAGAGCAUCAGUGGCAAUAGUGACCCCAGCUUGGACAUGGACAUCAUUAAAAUGGAGGAUGGUGAGGAAGAUACAAACAACAAGGGAGAGCUGGACCAUGAUUACAUUCCAUCUAGGCACAAUUGUAGAAAACGCAGAAAAACUGAUGUACUAGAUAGCACCACGUUAGUGCUGGGCACAUCUAAGCGCAAAGCCUCAGACCCAGCAAAUAGAAAGAAUGAGCCCAUUGAGUGUCCAACUUGUCAUAAGAAGUUCCUCAGCAAAUAUUACCUCAAGGUCCACAACAGAAAACACACAGGAGAGAAACCCUUUAAGUGCAUCAAGUGUGGAAAAUGCUAUUUCAGGAAAGAAAACCUACUUAAACACGAGGCUAGGAACUGCAUGACCAGGACGGGUGUGAUUUAUACUUGUCCUGAAUGUAACCAAACGUUUAAAGGAAGAAUUGAGCUAAGGAACCACUUGGUAUCUCACACAGGUGAGAUGCCCUUCAAGUGUUCCUCAUGUCCUCAGCAGUUCAUGCAUAAGAAAGAUAUGCAGAGUCACAUGAUCAAAUCCCAUGGAGCACCAAAACCAUUCCCGUGUCCCGCUUGUUCCAAGUGUUUCCUCUCCCGCAACGAUUUGCAUCAGCAUGAAUUGUCCAAACAUCAGGGAGAGAAGCUGUUUGUGUGCGAGGAGUGCGGUCACAGAGCUUCUACACGCCAUGGCUUGCAGAUGCAUAUAAAAUCCAAGCACAGGAAUGAGAGGCCAUAUAUCUGUGAAUUCUGUGACCGUGGAUUCACCCAGAAGGGCAAUUUGAAUGUCCAUUUGCGGACACACACGGGAGAGAAACCAUUCCAAUGUCACUUGUGUGGAAAAACUUUCCGGAUCCAGGCGAGCCUGGACAAACACAACAGGACUCACACAGGUGAAAGGCCAUUUGGUUGUGAGAUCUGCAGUCGAAGGUUUACGGAGAGGGGACCUCUCCAUCGUCACAUGGCCAGCAAGCACCAGGAAGGUCGGCCACAUGAUUGCAGCAUCUGUGGGAAGACUUUUAAAGCCAUCGAUCAGUUGCGCGUUCAUGUUGGAAGACACAAAGGGGUGAGGAAAUUCGAGUGCAGUGAAUGUGGAUAUAAAUUCACCCGACAGGCUCACUUGAGGAGACACAUGGACAUACACGGGAGAGUGGAAAACUACAGUCCCCGCCAGCGGAGGCUUCGCAAUCUCAUCAUUCCCAAUGAGAGGGAGGGAGAUGUCGAGACAAAUGUGACUCCACAGGUGACUGGCCUGCUUGAGGUUCCUCCUCCCUCAGCUGCAAAAGAGACAACCAGUGAGAACACAGAAACCAGAGACCUCUCUGUUCAGCGAUUCUUGGAAAACGUGAUGCCAACAGUCAGUGGAACAGACACUUGUGUAGAAGAGAUUACCAUAGUUGAGAUAUAAGGAACUAGUAGAAAUGAUCUAAAAAUUGACUUUUAUAUAAAGAAUGUAAAUAAAAGUUGAGUUUUUAAGCAUUCGCUGACAACCUUCUUUGCACUUCCAUUAACUUAGUAGCACUCUCUUCAUUGAGAAGUCUCUUUUCAACCAAUAAUCCAAAACUUGGGCACCACUCCAGUCAAAAGUCAGGGAAUUGUUCCUUAUUGAAGGUAUAUUAUUGUUAAGGUGUGAGGUCUCAGUUCAUGACAUACAAUCUUUACUGAGCAGAUUAUUCAACUUCAGGAAUAUCACUAGAAUGUGAAUUUUUAAAUUAUUUUUGUAUUGGUUGUAAAGCACUUUAGCAUCUUUUUAUUUCUAUUUUAAAUUGAGAAAUACGAUAGUAAUUUAGUCAGAAUCCCAGUCCUGGUUUAGUACUAGUUGGUGGAUAAAUAUCACCUAAGCCAAAUACCAAAAAUGGAUGUGAUUAUUAAACCAGCACUGAGAAAGAUGCUUUAAAUCUUCUAUGCUACUCUUGUAACUUAUUAUGCC